CGGCGGUGCUGGCGGAGUGUCAGGGGCAGUGGCAGGCGCAGCUGCGCGGAUGGAGCAAGGGGGGGGACUGCGCACAGGUGGAGGGCGUGCGCUGCAAUGCGGCUGGCUUCAUCGUCUCCCUAACUCUCAGUUUCAAUAGUUUAUCAGGCUCAAUCCCAGAAGGCAUUGCUGAUCUGGCUGUUCUCUCUAUCCUAUCUAUUCACAAGAACAAAAUCAGUGGCGCAAUGCCCUCAUCCAUCGUCCGCCUCACCAAUCUCACCUUGUUGAAUGUUGGAACCAACAAGCUAGAGGGCACAAUCCCUUCGGCCAUAUUCCACCUCACCAGGCUCGCCUUCUUGGACCUUCGAUGGAAUUUGUUCUCUGGCUCCAUCCCAACAGCAAUUUCUCGCCUCUCUCUCCUUUCCUACCUGUCUCUUGGCGGUAACAGACUCACCGGCACAAUCCCUUCAUCCAUCUUCCAACUCACCAAACUUGCCUUGUUAGAGCUCCGCUGGAAUCGGCUGUCAGGCUCCAUUCCCGCAGCAAUCUCUCAUCUGGCUGCCCUCUCACACCUAGACCUCAGCUUAAACAUCAAAGUCACGGGCUCCAUUCCCCUCCAGAUGCAGCGCCUCACCAAGCUGCAAUCUCUAUACCUCAGCUAUAUGAGUCUGUCAGGUCCCUUCCCAUCCUGGAUAUCGGGUCGCACCAAUCUCAGAAGAUUAGAGGCCGCGCACAACAGCAUCAGUGGCAGCAUACCAGAGUCCAUUGGCAGCACCAUCCACCUUGAAGUCUUCUCUGUGUGGAAGAACAACCUGUCAGGCAGCAUUCCCGAGUCCAUAGGCAGCCUCACCAAGCUCAGCAGCCUGGACUUGUCAGACAACCAGCUCGAGGGAACCAUCCCCGAGGGCAUCGGCAACAUGAAGUACAUUCGGAAAUUGGAUCUUUCCAACAAUCACUUGACCGGCACUCUCCCCACCACCCUCUCGCGCCUCUCUGGCCUGUUUCAGCUAUACCUCAGUGACAACAAUUUCUCAGGCCCCGUGCCUGCUGCUCUUGGCGGCUCUAAAGGCCUCAUCUUUCUUGAAAUGUCAGAUUCUGGCCUUACUUGCCCCCCGGAUGCUUCCAGCUGUGUGGUUCGGCAGAUCAACUACAGCGCCUUCUGCCAAGACUGCAAGGCUUUCUGUGCCACGUGCACAAGUGAUAAAU